AGUAUAGUUGACUUACAACGCUGUGUUAAUUUCUGGUGUACAGCAAAGUGAUUCAGUUAUGUGUACAUGUAUUCUUUUUCACAUUAUUUUUCAUUAUGGUUUAUUACAGGAUAUUGAAUGUAGUUCCCUGUAUCUAUUCUCUUCAUAAUGAAGUCUCACUUAUGAAAUAAUGGGACUUAAAUUUAUGCCUCUGAUACAGAUUUUUACUUUUUUGAAACUUGUUAUCUUUCCAAGAAACUAUUAAUCUGUAUGGGUCACGUGAUGGUUGACCAGGUCCUGAGCUCACUGUGUCCAAUUUUUUCUGUUUCAGAGCAGUUUGUGCUGGAUUUGCAAAUGUGGUUUUAUCCUGUGGCUGUUAUCUUCAGUGUCUUCUUUCUGUGCCAUUAGUUAGUUAUGUUUCCUCAGAUGCCUGUUCUCGUUUUUGUUGUUGGAGGCAGCGUGGAUCAGUGGCGAAGGUCGUGCCCUCUGAAGUCAGCCUGCCUGCCUGUCAAGUUCGUUUCCUCCUGUGUAAAAUGGAGAUAAUAAUAGUCUAUUUCAGGAGUUUACAACUUUUCCUGUAAAGAGCCAGAUAGUAAGUAUUUUGGGUUUUGUGGGUCAAGAGUCAAAAUCUAGGAAAACAAAGUCUUAUAAAGAAAUUCAAAAUAUAAUCCUACAAUAUUUUGUAAUGCGAGUCCACUGAUGAAAGGAAUGGAUACCAUUUUGCAUAAUUGAGGUUCAGAGUUAGUGUUCCUCGUCAUCAGCGUUGCAAACAUGUAUCUCAUAGUGGUUCAGGCCAUGAGAGCAGAGGAAGUUCACUGUUGACAUUGCUGAUGGAUUCAGUAGAUGCAGUGUGGUGAGAGAUGCAGAUGUUUUCCUCAGCAUAUUUGUAGGUGAAUAGUGCAGUGCAGACUCACAGCCUGUGAGCACUUUCUCUCUCUCUUUUUUUUUUAAAUUAAUUAAUUAAUUUAUUUUUGGCUGUGUUGCGUUGCUGCGCGCGGGCUUUCUCUAGUUGCAGCAAGCGGGGGCUACUCUUCAUUGCGGUGCUCGGGCCUCUCAUUGCAGUGGCUUCUCUUGUUGUGGAGCACGGGCUCUAGUCGCGCGGGCUUCAGUAGCUGUGGCAUGCCGGCUCAGUAGCUGUGGCUCGCGGGCUCUAGAGCGCAGGCUCAGUAGUUGUGGUGCACGGGCUUAGUUGCUUCGCGGCACGUGGGAUCUUCCCGGACCAGGGCUUGAACCCGUGUCCCCUGCAUUGGCAGGCGGAUUCUUAACCACUGCGCCACCAGGGAAGUCGAGGAAUUCUGUUUUGUGUUGAGAUUCGUGCCAGUGACGAGUGCUCGGUCUGGCAACGUCGACCAUUGUGGUAUCGUUGCGUGAUAAACACUGCUCUGCUAUCCAGUUUGCUGACAAGAUAGUCUGCACUGCCCUGUGCCUUAAAAACAUGACAUUCUGUGCCCACUUUUCUUAUUUUGACAUGCUGGGUGUGCACUCAUAGUAAGCAAAAAAAAAAAAAAAAAAGAAUAAAGAGAAUGGAUACAACCGUAUGGUGGCCCUUGAAAUGCUGUUAAGGUCACUGCUGAGUUGUGAGCCGGCAGAGCAAGGGCUGGAAGCCCUGUCACCAGUACUUCGCUGUCAGCACAUGAGAGCAGCUGCAGAUAACACGAGUGGGUGGUAUGGCUGUCUUCCAGUGAAGCUGGAUGCUGACAUCUGAAUUUCAUAGUAAUUCCACAUGUCGUAUAAUUCUUUAAGCUUUUUCCCCCCAACUAUUUAAAAAUGUAUAAACUAUCUUAAUUAAUUAAUUAAUUUCUGUGAGGCACGGCUUGCAGGGUCUCAUUUCCCUGACCAGGGAUUGGGACUUUAUUUAUUUUUCAUUUUUUUAAGAUUUUUUUGAUGUGGACCAUUUUUAAAGUCUUUAUUGAAUUUGUUACAAUAUUGCUUCUGUUUUAUGUUUUGGGUUUUUGGCCGCAAGGCAUGUGGGAUCUUAGCUCCCCGACCAGGGAUCGAACCUGCACCCCCUGCGUUAGAAGGCAAAGCCUUAACCACUGGACUGCCCACAGAUUCCUAACCACUGGAUUGCCAGGGAAUUCUCCGUAUAAACUAUUUUUAGCUCACAGGUGUUUUUUUUUUUUUUUUUUUUUUGCGGUACACGGGCCUCUCACUGUUGCGGUCUCUCCCGCUGCGGAGCACAGGCUCCGGAUGCGCAGGCUCAGCGGCCAUGGCUCACAGGCCCAGCCGCCCCGCGGCAUGUGGGAUCCUCCCAGACUGGGGCACGAACCCAUGUCCCCUGUACCGGCGGGCGGACUCUCAACCACUGAGCCACCAGGGAAACCCAGCUCACAGGUUUUUUUUUUUAAAGGGUGGGGUGGAUUUGGCCUGUGGGCUGUAGUUUGCUAACCUCUGGUCUACCUCAUAGGGUUGUGAGGAUUUAUGUAGCUUCACAUAUAACAUCCUUAGGACAUGUCUGACCAAUGGUGUUUGUUAUUGGCUGUUCCUUUCUUUCAAGGGGCUGGAUUUCAGCAGGUAUUUGGCGACUCUGGUUGUAUGGUCUUUUACCCUCCAUCUAUGGAUGUUUUUCUUUUUAUCUCCAUUUGUUAUGGGAGGGGGUGGGGUGUCAGGUUGUGCCGUCAGAACACUUCUGGGCAGAGGCACUGGCUUUCUUCCCACAUCUAAGUGUCCAUGAUAACCCACCUUUGUAGCCUUGGUGGUGUCUCCUUGUGGGGUUGUGGUGUGGGUGGUGUGUGGUCUGCUGGUCUCAAGGUAGUAAGUUCUAACCUGACAGAGAGAAGGAAGCUCUUUUGAUGGGAUACUAGGGAAGGGAUGGCACCAGUAAGUAUGAAAGUACGUGCUUAUAAUAGGUAAGAUAGGGGCCAAGCUAAUUGAAAUUGAAAUAUUAGAAAGAAGUAUGAUUAUGCCCCUGGUCAUUCUUAAGGUGUUUCAUGGACUUGAGCCUUUGAUUCCAUCUCUCCAUGGGUCCUGGUUUCUCAGACUCCAGAGAAACUGGAAACCAGCUCUGGGGUCUCUAGACUGUGCCUCAGUUGUUUUGAUGCACAGAAUACAGACAUGCACACUCACACCUAAACGUAGGCACAGGGACACACUGAAAUGUGACCUUAUUUGGUGCCCCAAAGAACACAUAGCCAAUAAGUGUAUGAAAAGAUGCUUAUCUUCACUGAUAAUCAAGUGCAAAUUAAGACAACAUUGAAAUGUCUUUGCCUAUCAGAUUGACAAAGGUUUUUUUUUUUUAGAUUGACAAAGAUUUAAAAGACUGAUAAUGUAUACAGUUGGUGAGGGCUACAGGCUUUCUUACACAUCUAGUGGGAGUAGAAGUUGGUACAUUUUCGGGGGGCCACUUGGCAAUAUCUAUCAGUAUUUUACAACGGUCAACCUUAGACACAACAGUUCCACACCUAGCCAUUUUUAAAAAAAAUAAAUUUAUCUAUUUAUUUAUUUUUGGCUGCAUUGGGUCUUCGUUGCUGCACGCGGGCUUUCUCUAGUUAUGGCGAGCAGGGGCUACUCUUCAUUGCGGUGCACGGGCUUCUCAUUGUGGUGGCUUCUUUUGUUGCAGAGCACAGGCACUAGGCACGCGGGCUUCAGUAGUUUGGCACGUGGGCUCAGUAGUUGUGGCUCGCGGGCUCUAGAGCACAGGCUCAGUAGUUGUGCCUGGGCUUAGUUGCUCCGCGGCAUGUGGGAUCUUCCCAGAGCAGGGCUCAAACCCGUGUCCCCUGCAUUGACAGGUGGAUUCUUAACCACUGUGCCACCAGGGAAGCCCCCUAGCCAUUUUUUGUAUAGUACUCAUCCCGGUGAUUAAAGAUCCAGGCCUGGAAUUGUUCACAACCUUCAUUUAAUUUCUUAAAAGUUUAUUUAUUUAUUUUUGGCUGCCUUGGGUCUUUGUUGCAGCAUGCAGGCUUUCUCUACUUGCGGUGCGCGGGGGCUACUCCUCGUUACAGUGCCCAGGCUUCUCACUGCAGUGACUUCUCUUGUUGCGGAGCAUGGGCUCUAGGCACCCAGGCUCAGUAGUUGUGGCUCACUGGCUGUAGAGCACAGGCUCAGUAGUUGUGGGCCAAGCAUGGGCUUAGUUGCUUUGUGGCAUGUGGGAUCCUCCCAGACCACAGCUCGAACCCAUGUCCCCUGCAUUGACAGGCGGAUUCUUAACCAGUGCACCACCAGGGAAGUCCCUACCUUCAUUUAGAAUAGCAUGUAGCAUAUAUAUACCUGAAACUAAUAUGAUAACGUCAGUUAUAUAUAUGACAAUUAAAUUGAAAUAGCGUAUGUAGGUAGCAAUCCAAAUGUCCAUCAGCAGGAUUAUUAACCAUGGCCUGCACCACCAGUAAAGGCGUGAGGUAGGUUUUUAUGUAGUUCCCUAGAAAGAUUUUGAAAAGAGCCAGAGCAGCAAGGAGGCCGCAAAGCUCAGAGUGAGGAACGAGGCCAUUAAAUGUGCAUUUGUUGGGGCUUAGACGUGGUCUGGAGGGGCUUGUGCCUGACUUCAUACAGGGGCUGCCUCUCCGAGGUCAAAGGGGACUCCCAUUUUUUAUUUCCUUCCUGAACUGAGACUGCAGUACUUUUAUGUUUAACACCCCCUCCACCCACCCCAGUGCUCACGGAUCGCCUGAGCUGCACCUCCCGGAAAGCCUAGGAAAGGAGACCUGCUCUGUGCCUGGUCAGGGUUCUCACGUCCCGGCGCUAAUUUAAUAUAUCUCACUGGUGUUUCUUGAGAGGAACAUGGUGGACAGUCAUCCGCCAAUCAGUGGAUGGGUCACCAAAGUCCACGUUCAGCAACUUUUCUGUUCCUGAGGAGUGAAAGGUAGGAUUUAUGAUUGGGGUGAUGGUCGCCUGUCAUCCCCACUUGGGACAGCUGCUCGGCUCUGCGCUCGUGGUUUCAGUUGUGGGUGGCCUAUGUCAGCCUGCCGUGAGAGGCUCACGUCACCGGGCGGUGCAGUUAUCUCCUGAAUCAGGCUGAGGGACUUGCUGCAGAUGCAGGGGUGGUAGGGCGACAAGUCACCUCCAGGGCUGCAGGGUUGGGGGCCAGUCAGACUUGCCAUGGGACCUAGCAGAUGCGUCUGGGAAGGUGAGUCUGUAAUCUGGGCUUCUCAACCACUCAGGUCAGCGUGAACUUUGUGGGACAGAGAGGCUGGUGGCCUGCCAUCCCAGGCCCCAGGAAGAGCCUGGGGACCACACUUGGACGAGAAGGGCGGAGGGCGUUUGGGCGGCCACCCUCAUCUUACCGCCUUUGAUGUCCUGGCCUCGGGCAUCUCCCAGAGACAGCAGGAUUGCAGUGGUGAUCACAGGAUGCUGGGCUGCCAUUCCCAGGCCUGUAGGGGUCAUGGGUGCCUCUGGGCAGAAAGAAGGGCUCUGAGCUUGUCAGGCAGUUUGUAGGUCCUGACCUUUGUGGGGACAAGUGAGCGGGAGUUCUGGGGCCAGGUGGUCUCAGCCAUGACAACCACAAGUGGAGCUGAGGCCCAGUCCUGAGUUUGGUAAAGCCCCUUCUCUCCACGGCACCUUUGGGGGGCUUUAGGACAGAAGAGGAGCUGCGAGUCUGUGGACUCCCCUUGGAGCUGUGGACGAGGCAGUGGGUGAGGGUGGGAUUCUGGGAGGGUUACUCAGCUAAGCGAGGGAGGGGAGUAGAGUGUUCUGCUUGAAUAAUGUUUCAGAGCCCCCAGGGGACCUAAGGCGUUAACACUGUCUACCCCAGGCAAGGGCGGGCCUGUGGGGAGGUUCAGGAUGUGCUUCUUCAACAGUGAGGGGCUGGGUGCAGGGGAUGCAGCAUAAAUCAGACAGGUUCUUGCCCUGGAGGAGCCAGAUGCAGGGGCGAUGCCGGCUGAGCCUCGCUGCCAGGGCUGCAGGGGCAGCACGGGAAGAGCAGGGGCAUCGUUUCCCCCCAUUUAGCCCCAGGCCUGUGUCAGUGUCCUUCCAGCCCGUGCCCAUAGCCACUACCUGCCCUGUCCCCGCCCCUGUCCUAAGCAGGCUGGGCCUGGCUCAGGGGUGUCUGCUCUGGCUGGGGAGACAGCCAGGGGACUCGGGGGCUUCAUGAAGGCUCAUCACGCAGAAGGCAGCCGGGCAGAGGGGACAGUGAGGGCUCGUCCUGAGGGCCCUCAGGUCCUCUCUGUGCUCCUCCGACUUCCAUCUUUGGACCUCCUCCUCCCUCUGCUCUGGGCCCCGCCCUCUGUGCCCCUGUCCACCCGAGGCCGCCCCUGGCUCAAGCCUGGCCUUUCCACAUCUCCCGGACAUCCACCCCACUGAGGCGGGCGCCCGUCCAGCUCAGCUCUCUAGGAAGGCAGGUGGCAAGUGCGCCGUGGAGCCUCCUCCCUCUUCUGCCCUCUGCGCCUUCUCCGCGCUCUCCCCAGCUGGCCUUGACCUCUUCUGCUCCCUGCCCUUCCCCAGCAGGGUUGGCACCACCAUGGGAAGCAGAGUCCUCCAGCACUUCUGCCCCACAGCAUCAGGUCCGAGGGUGCUGGAGUCGCCCACCUGCGCACGUGGGGCCCAGAGCAGGAGCCGCCUGCUCCCAUUUCCAGCCUCAUUUCCUGGCUAGUCCCCGCCUCCCCCAGGUUCCAGCUGCUUCUGGGGAGCCAGGACCUGGAUUUCUUCCUCCUGCCCCAGCAGAGAGGACAGUGGUGGAUAAGCGGCAGCCUCCAUUUCACCCCCCUCUGUGUCUGCCAGCUUCUGGGGUGGGCAGGGAGAGUAACAGGGUACCCCUCGCUCCCCAUUAAAAAUACAGACUCUGUGAAAGGGGACAGAAAGUGGGUGCGGUAAUUGCCAUGAAGCCAGUCCGGAGGGCGUGCUGCGAUGCACCAGCCCCAUGACAGAGGCCUGCUCUGGCCGGGCAGUUCGCCUGGCAGCAGGUUGGACAUUGCAGAGCGAGGUCCUGAUGCGAGAGGUGGGCACCUGGCUCCUGACCUGCACUUGCAUCUGCGCCUGGGUCGGCUUGGGCGUCUCUGUCCCAGGGGACAGAGGAGGUAAGGACUGGCACUGUGUGUGGGGGGGGUGCUGUGGGGGCAGAGCUGGGGACAGGGGUGCCCCCGUCAGGCUCCACGGGGAAGGGUUGGGUUUGGGCUGUGCGGGACCUGUCUUCCUGAGAUCAGCCGGGGCUUCAGCCCCACCCAGGUUGCACGCUCAGAGCCCAUCCCCUCGGGGUCUCCCAGCCUUGCCCGCGGUAACUUCUCCUGGGCUCGUUCUCUGGGGCCUGCCUGUCCGAGGGGUCAGCUGCCACGCCCUCCCCCUCCCCCAGCCCUGCCCUGAAGCAGCCACUGUGGGCUUGCAAGGGUCACUGUUCCCAGGGCCUGGGACUUUCACGUGCCACACCAACAACGUCCUCAGGAUUGACUGCCACUGGUCUGCCCCAGAGCUGGGCCAGGGGGCCGGCCCCUGGCUGCUCUUCACCAGCAACCACGCUCCAGGCAGCAAGCACAGGUGCGUCUUCCGGGCCAGCGUGUGCACAGUGGAGCUGCCACCCGAGGAGGUGCUCGUGCCUUCUGACAACUUCACCAUCACCUUCCACCGUCACGUCUCUGGGAAGGAGCAGGUCAGCCUGGUGGAUCCACAGUACCUGCCCCGGAGACAUGAGGCUGGAGGAAGUCGCUGCUGUCUUGUCCCACCUGGGGCUUCUCUGGACCAGUUUUCCAGUGAGGCCUCUGCUCUGAGAAGGCCUUGGCCACGUGCCCCGUCCUUCCUGGGAAUCUUUGCGAUCCCCAGUCCUGGGCAUGCUGGCCCGCACACCGUUACACAGCUUCAUUCUGUUUCAGUGAAGCUGGACCCUCCCUCAGACUUGCUGAGCAACAUCACUUCUGACCACUGUGUCCUGACCUGGAGCAUCAAUCCUGCCUUGGAGCCGCUGGCCUCACUCCUCAGCUACGAGCUGGCCUUCAAGAGGCAGGAGGAGACCUGGGAGCGGGCUCGGCACAAGGAUCACAUCGUUGGGGUGACCUGGCUGAAACUUGAAGCCACUGAAUUGGACCCUGGUUCCACCUAUGAGGCCCGGCUGCGUGUCCAGAUGGCCACACCAGAGGACGCGGUGGCGGAGGAGGAGCGCUAUGAGGGCCCAUGGAGUGACUGGAGCCAGCCCGCCCGCUUCCACUCCCCCCAGAGACAAGAGGUACUGGAAAGGAUCUCGGACCCUGGUGAUCUUAUGGAUGGGAAAGGCAAGGCCCAGGGGUGCGUGAUUCACCCAGAGUACUCUCGGAGGCGCGACAUAAACCUUCCAUUUUGGCCUGAGGCGCCCAUCCAGGUGCUUUUGCCAGGUGAGUUUGGAGGAACACAGCCCUGGGCCCUUCCUGCUAUAGGUCUCCUGGUCCCAGCUUUGGGGCAGCGCGACAGCACCCUGGUCUCUGUGUCCAUCUUUCUCCUGCUGACCAGCCUGACCUACCUGCUGUUCAAGCUAUCACCCAGGAUGAAGACAGCCUUGUACCAGGACGUGCCGUCCCCAGGCCCGUUCUUCCAGUCCCUGUACAGUGUGCACAACGGGGACUUUCAGACCUGGAUAGGGGCCCACAGAGCUGGUCCACAGCCAAGCCCGGACUGCACAGGCCCCGCACGAGGAGCCUGGGAGACCCGUGUCCGGGAGGCCAUCGCUUUGCUCACCUAUGACCCGGUGGACGUGGGGCCGUUAGCGGGCCUGGAGGAGGAGGGGAGCACUGGCACCGGCCUCCCAGCAGAUGCGCUGCCCGCAGGAUGUGUGGAGGAGGGGGGGCCGCUGCCCGCCUACCUGCCACAGGAGGCCUGGGCCCCCGCAGGCCCUACCAGGCUGGCUCCCCCGCAGUCCCAGGGCAGCAGCAGCGACUACUGUGCCCUGGGCUGCUCCAGGUGGGGCUGCCCCUCCACCUUCACAGGAAGCGCACAGAGCUCUGAGCCCGACGCUGCCUUGGCCUGUGGCCCUUUCUGUGACCAGCAGAGCCUGGAUGCCCGGCCAGGAGGUAACUGUGCAGGCGUUGGUCACAGUCAGAGGCAGGACGCUGGUGGAUGGGCCGCAUGAGGCUCUCCUGCUCUCGGCAGACCGUGGGCUCCGUCCCCACAGUGCUGCAGCACGUCCAUCCUGGGGAACAUGAAGCAAAGUCCCUGGAGCCAACACUUGACUGGCACUGGACCUGCGGAGGGCCACCCAUGCAGCGGUCACAUGUCCGGUCCGGGUGGAGGCAAGAGGCUCUCCCCUCCUCCCCUCCCUCUGCAUCUGUCGGGAGGGGGCUCUGGCCUCAGCAUCCUGCCAUCCUGGCCCCCCGUCCAUCACUUCCCUCCCCGCUUCCUGGCUUAACCCCAGGGCCCACAGCCAGUUCUGCCCUCAGUCCCUUAAAGGGCCAGCCUGGGCCCCGUGGACACAGGUGAGACACCGUGACCAGGCCUAGUGUCCUGUUUCUGCGCCUUCCUGAGGUCUCUCCCCUACUGAGAUUAAAAGGAACAUAGCAGCUGUUUCAAACUGCUGAUGGCUGGGAGAGGGGCCCAGACAACAUAGGAAGGGUGGCGUCUGGCUAUUCCUGGGCUUUCUGGGCUCCACAAAUAGCAGAGGGAGGCUCAGCGACCAGCUCCAGGGAGGCCGCCUCCCCGCCCCUCCUUGUCGGCCCCCGGGGGCUGAGUGCUAUGGCCAGAGUGACCACCCAGCAGUGGUCUUGGCCUCUGAAGGGCCCUGCUUCUACCCCCACCCCCGUGGUCUGGAGAGAGGGGGACAGAGCAGAGGGCGCCUGUGUCCGUCCCUUAGGGCUGCCAUAAUGAAGUCCCACAAACUAGGUGGCUUAGAAGGCACCAGGGAGGAUCUGAUUCAGGGUUCCCUGCACCUCUGGUAGUUUCUGGCUUGGGACAGCGCAGCUCCAGUCCUCACAAGGUGUUUUCCCUCUGUGUGUCCCUGUCCAAAGCCCCUCUUUUUAUACCAAUGUAAUCAUAGUGGAUUAGGGCCAACCUGAAUGACUUUAUUUUGGCUGGAUUAUCUGUAAAGACCCUAUUUCCAUAUAUGGUCAUGUUCACAUGUACUGGGGGUUAGGACUUCAACAUAUGAAUUUCUGGGCAGUGCCCCUGCCAGCCAUGUCCACCUCUCUGCUGGCCUGAGGCGCCGUGGUCCCUCCCAGGGCAGCCCCGUCACUCUUACUCGGGGCCUCAGGCAGGAGACCCUAUCCCGCCGCCGGGCUGCGGGACUUGGGUCUGGUGCUGGGAUCCUCCACCCAGUGAGGGCUGGACCAAGACUGUCCUGGCGUUGGAGGUGCUGAAGUACUGAAUGUGGGAUAGAUGGAGGUUUGUCUCCCUGGGUGCUGAGCCAGAGGGAGCACCUCUCUGGGGGUCCAGGGUCCCCUGCAGCCUGAGCAGAGAGGAGCACAUGCAGCCCCAGGCCCCUGAAGGCAAAGGUCCCCUCUGUGUGCCUGUGGAGCCCUGAGGUUUUGCGGGGGCCGCAGCAGAGCCAGAUCCUGGUCAGCAGGGAUGAAGAGGACCCCGCAUGUAUCUUCAGUAUCCAGAGAGCGGAGGGGUGUAGAUGGAAAUGAGGCACAGGCACCAUCCGCUCUAACCAAGGGUAAAAAUACCAGCGUGACUCCACUUCCUGGAGCCUGUGUAUAUGACAGCAGCUGCGUGGCUCCUGUGGCUUCACGUGGACUUGGGCCCCCAUGGGAUUCCACACCCUGGGACAGUGUUCGUUUGACUAACACACUCGGUCCUGGUGGCACCUGAGUGAGGAGCUACUCAGAGGCCGGUGGUUGUAGGUGAGCCGCGCCCGCCCCUCAGGACACAGGCCUGGCAGUACCUGAGCCAGGUGCCUGCAUGUCGUGGGGCUCAGAAAAUGCUAAUUUCCACUUAUCCGACGAGACGACCCUUGGAAACUGCACGCUGAGAUCGCAACGUUCGAAAGACCCCGUGAGCCCUGGUGAGGGGUCGCUGAUCCCCAGGUGUCUAGGAAGGAGUCAGAGAAGGUGGCCUGGGACUCGAUGAGGAAGCUGCUGGUGGAGGAGCUGAGUGCACGGUGUGGCUGGAGCACAAAGGUCCAAAAUGUGGCUGGACCGGGGAAGACCUUGGAGGCCAGGCCAGGGCAGGGUGAGGGGAGCAAACUCACCCUGCUCAGGGGAGGCUGCAGGACGCUUUCUCUUUCUUUGGCUUUUGAUGAGGUGAAGUUUACAUAGUACGAAAGUAACCAUUUUAAAGUGUACAAUUCAGUGACAUUUAGUACGUCUGUAAUAUUUGCAACUAUCACCUCUAUCUAGUUCCAAAACAUUUUCACCCUCCAAAGGGAAAUCCCCUGCCCCUUAAGCGGUCACUCUCCUCCCCACCCUCCCUCUGACCUCUCGCCACUACGAGUCCACUUUCUGUCUCUGGAUUUACCUACUGUGGAUAUUUCAUAUAAAUGGAGUCAUAUAAUGCAUGGCCUUUCGUGUUCAUUUUUUUCUCCUAGCGUAGUGGUUUUUUUUAAAAUAAAUUUAUUUAUUUUAUUUAUUUAUUA